AUGGGCAAGAAGAAGAAUAAGAAGAAGAAUACUAUUAACCUCGCUGCUCCCCCUACUACAGAAGAAAACAAUUUCGCCGAGUUAGACGCCAGCAAGGCAAUUGCAGCUCCUGAAGAUGGAGCAGCCAACGUUCCAAGUUUCAACGACCAUCACUAUCAAACGUUUGAUCGUCGGACUCUGAAAUUUUCAUAUUAUCCUAUUGUUCCUAAGGCUACGGUAUCAUUGUCGCCGGACCCUAAUGCAGACGUUGCUGACACGGAAGCGGAAAAGGGGGAUGAGACGGGCAACCCGGUAGUCGAAGAAAAUACCUCGGAAGAGAAGCCCUCUGAGGACAACCCUCCACCUCCUGCUGAAGAGUCCUCACCACCUGAACCCGAAGCUCCGGACUCAUCAGAAUCACCUGCUCCUGAUUCCGAGAACCCAGAAUCCUCUGAUCAACCCCAAGACAAGCCAGAUCAAAAUGACGAGAACCAGGAAGCUGUAGCUGAAACUGAGGAUUCAAGUCAAAAUCAAGGACUGGAUGGUAAAACUGAUGAGGCCGCAGGCGAGCAAGGUGGGGAUGAUGGGGAGAAAGCCGCUGAAAAUCAGCCAGCAGAGGAGAACAAUAUUUCCGACGACCAAGCUCAAAACGAUAGCGCAGAGCCCGGUAAUGAUGACAAGCCACCAGAAGAGGCGUCGGAAGAACCAAACGAAGUAGCCGUUAAACCAGCUGAUGACGAGAACCCAUGGGACAACAAUGAAUGCGAUCCUUCUGCAGAACUAGAUAAGGUGGAGGCAGAAAAAGAGGCCGAGGCCAAGCAGGCAGCAGAGGAUGCUGAAGAAGAAGAAAGAGAAGUGGCAAUCAUCAUUGAAGAUAGUGCAGAAGGAGAUCCGGAAAUAUCGAAUGACCCCGCUGAUGGAGAUGGAAAAGAGGAGCCAACAGAGGAUUCCGAGCAAAAAGAUUCACCAACAGCCGAAAAUGAAGUAGAGAAGAGCGAGGCUGAGACUCCAGAAGACAAAGCUGAAGCAGAACCAACCGACGCUACGUCCGGAGAGGAGGCUGAAUCUUGGGAAGAUCCCUCCAACGACAAGGAGAAUGAAGCAACAGAUGCCGCAGAACCUACAACGGCCGGCGAUGAUUCAGAAUGCAAGGAGGCUGAAGAAGAGAAUGUGCCCCUUGAGAAUGCUCCUGGUGAAGAGACGCCUGCUGAGGCUGAGGAGGCUUCCCCAGAGGAAGAAGAGGUUGAAGAUGCUAAAGAGAUGCCAGCAGAAGAUAACCCGGCUGAUGCAGAAGAACAACCCGCCGAGGAGGUAGCAGUGUCUGCUGAAGAGGAGCCAGAAGCAGAGGCAGUCGAAGAGGAGCAAGGUGAAGGAGAACCAGAAGAUGUACCUGAAGAAGAGCCACCAAAAGAAACAGAAGAAAUCCCAGCGGAGGAAGUCCCGGCAGAAGAGGAGGAAAAGCCGGAGGAAGAUUUAGCAGGAACGGAAACUGCUGAAGGACCAUCUGAAGGGGUUGCUGCCGAGGAAGCACCUGAAGUGCCUGCUGAAGAGGCUGCUGAAGAGGUUGCUGAGGAGGUUGCUGAGGAGGGAGCUACUGACGAUGCUCCGGCAGAAGAAGCUGCCGCUGAGGAGACUCCCGUUGAAGAGGCUCCAGCGGAGGAAGCCCAGGCAGAGGAAGCCCCAGCGGAAGAGGCCCCUGCCGAUGAAGCUCCUGUUGAGGAAGCCCCUGUCGAGGAAGCCCCUGCUGAGGAAGUUCCUGCCGAUGAAGCUCCCGCGGAGGAGGCUCCUGCAGAAGAAGCUCCUGCCGAUGAAGCU